AUGACGACCAGAAAAAUUCGCCCCACGACUACAAAUCCAAAAGAUGACCCAGACUAUGAUCUUGAAAGAUAUUAUUAUGGAGAUUACACGCAUAGAAACUUCCUAACUGACUUCUUUUUGAGAUACCUGGAAUUCUCUGGUGAACAUCUUAAUUUUGUCGAGACAGUUUAUAAAGUUGCAUGUUUUGUGGCGUUUUUCAUAAAUCUGUUGCAUUUAUUUGUUUUAACUCGAAAAAAACUCCGAUCCAAUAUAGUUUACAUUGUUAUGAUUGGAAUUUGCAUCAGUGAUAUAGUUCAGUCAUUUGGAACAAUGAUGAACGAGAUUUUGACUUGGAAUAUCAUAUAUGAAGUCGAAAAUUCAUCUUGUAAGCAUCCAUAUUUGCAUGUGAUGGGUGAGAAGAUUUUAAAAACACUCCAGUAUAUGAGCAGGAGAUCCACUGGAAUAUUGGGCUUGUUUAUUGCCGUAAUUCGUACAAUAUCGGUAAUUUUCCCGAUGAGCGGAUUCGUACACACCGUUUCAAAACCAAGAUUUGGGUUUUUGGCUAUUUUCAUUACACUAAUUGCUUGUACUUUGUGGAGUUUAGGCUACUUCGUUCAAGCGAAGGUGGUGAAAUAUAUUUCCUUUUGUUUUUACGGAAAACCCACAAGUUAUGAAAACUAUUAUCUUGAUGGUGGCACAAAUGAAAUUAUUUUCAAAAUUAUCGACGGUUAUAUCGGAAUUUGUGUAAGCAUCCUAUAUAUUUUGGUUACCAUUUUUCUUGUUGUGGAACUACAAAAAACCAAGCGUCGAAGAAAAAAUUUGCGGAAUGACAAGCCUAAUAACACUAGCUCGUUUGUAAUUGCAAUGGCUAUUUCAACUUUUGCAUCAGAAUUCGCAUACGGGCUUGUCUUCACAGUCGAGCAUUUUAUAUUUGGAUUCGAAAUGUUUCAAACUCUAAAAACACUAUUUAUGCAUUUGAACUCAAUAACUCUUCUCUUCUUAAUGGCCAGCUCGUUCAGUCACAUCUUCGUUUGCUUCUUCAUGUCUUCUCAGUACCGGGACACCGUCAAAAGAUUAGUCUGGACCGAGAAAGAAAAGAAAGGAAAAACUAAAAUAUUUGUAAUGGAAACUACGACAACCCUACCUGCUACUAUAGACUCUUCAAAGACGAAUGGAAGUUCGAAGCGAACAUUUUGA